AUGAAACAUCGUUUUGAAGUGACAUCAGUCGAUGAACUUAAUCGUGAUAAAAUAAAAUGCCAACCAUCUGAAAAACUUCCAUUAAUAAAUAUUACAGAUGAAAUUCCACAAUUACCAUCAUCAGUACCGUCAUUUACAACAAUUAAUGAAAGAAAUCAACCAUCACCAUCAUUAUUUAAUCGCUUUUUAGAAGAUAUCAAAAAGACUGCAUCAUUGGCAAUUCUGAAUCAAAAUUUGAAUCCUGUUUCUUUACCCAUUGUCCAUUAUAAUAGUACUACAAAUGGAAAUCUCAAUAGUAAGGUAGAAGAACCUGAUUCAAAUUAUUCUACAAUUCAAUCUAAUGUGUAUGAUACCAAUUCACUACGUCUGACAAAUAAAUUUCUUUAUGAAUUACGCUUAAAACGUCGUGAAUUACGUGCAAAAACUCAUGAUCUAUCUAUUGAACAGCGUAUUGCUUUAAAUCGUUGUCAACGUAAUCAAAAUCGAUUACGUGCGCAAGAUAUAUUUGAUGUACACUUCGAAUUAGAUGAUGAUCGUGAUAGUCAAUUUUUAAAUGAAGAUUUACAAGAAAAAAUUAGAAGUAAUAUAUUUAAUGAAUUAGAUCGUCAAAGAAUGAAAAAAUAUUAUAAAGAACAUCGUCAAUUAAUUUUUGGUCGAACAUUAUUAAUGGUUUUUACAUCAUUAAUAGUAUUCAUGAGUACUACAUUAGUUUAUGUUGUUAUUGAUUUAUAUGAUCGAGCAAAAUAUUUAGAUCUGAAUUUUCCCGAUAAUAAAUUCAUAUCGAUGAUUUAUGAUCAAAUGGCAGAUGGUUGA